AUGUCUAGUGUUGGAGCCCAACAGAUCCUCUUAGGAACGGCUAUUGCCGCUGUUAGUUCCACUUCGCACCUCCGUGUUUACAUUAAAGACACUGCUGAAAGCAUCCGUGAGAGUAGCUAUGAAAAUGGCUGGGCAGGGGGACAACCCAGUAAUGUGAUCGCUCAGGCGACGAUCGGCUCACCGAUUGCUGCUACGUCUAAGGAGCUGAACCAUAUCCGAGUAUAUUAUGUUUCCCAGGACAAUACCCUCAAAGAAGCAGCCUAUGAUGCUGGUACCGGAUGGUACGAUGGCCAGCUCAGCAUGGUGGGCGUCACUGUCGCCCCCUAUUCGAAGCUCGCGGCAGUUUUCCUUGCUGGAACUGACCAAUUGCUGCUGAGGGUGUAUGCGCAGCUGAACGAUAAUACCAUUCAGGAGUUUGGUUGGAAUUCCGAUGAAAAGGGCUGGUCAAAAGGGGUGAACCUCAGCCAGGCUCUACCUGGCUCGGGCAUUGCAAGCACCUCGUUCCAAAAGUCGCAAUUGAGUAUCAGGACCUAUAUCCAAGAAAUCAGCUCCAACAUUGUUGAGAAAGCCUACGAUGCAUAUACCGGAUGGUCUUCUGGAACAUUCACUUCACAGAGUGCGCCUCCACGCACUGCCAUUGCCCUCACCAGCUUCGGCGAUAGUAUCUGCAUUCGCGUGUAUUAUACCACAACUGACAACCAUGUGGUAGAGCGAGUGCACUAUACUGGUACCGCCUGGUAUGACGGUGACUUCGAUCAAGCCAGCACUCCAGGAAUGCAGAUUGCAGUUAUAUCAUCGGGUAGAGGGCCAAAUGGAUUGAAUCUGCGCGUCUAUUUGCAGCAGGGGGCGUUGGUGACUGCCAUAUCCGAGACGGUGUGGAGUAAUGGAGCGUGGUCGCCGGGAGAAAAAGCGCUUCCUCCAGCGUAA